AUGGCUUUCAACACAGGCUCCUCCUUCGGGGGGUUUGGCACGGGGAAUCAACAGCAGGGAACUGGAUUCGGAUCCGGAACAGGAUUCGGAAGCCCUUCAACCGGAACUGGCUUCGGAACAACUUCGUCUCCAUUCGGCGGCACAGGAAGUACAGGCAGCGCCUUUGGAAGCACUUCUGGUGGCUUCGGUUCAGGAGGAGGAUUCGGUUCCACCACUACGCAGUCAAAUCCUAUAUUCGGAUCGCAAAAUAAAGGAUUUGGUGCAGGCUCAACAUCCACUGGUGGCAAUAUCUUUGGGUCGACCAGCACACCCAGUAUGACGUUCGGCACUCCAGGCUUUGGAGGUGGAGGAACAGGGUUUGGCGGCACUGGCACUGGCACCACCGGGACCGGUGUGUUUGGCAGUACUCAACAACAGCCACAGCAAACUGGUUUUGGAAGCGCUGGUCAAGGAAGUUCUAUGUUUGGUGGAGCUUCAAACGGGGGAACUGCAUUUGGGGCAGCAUCUGGCUCUGGGUUUGGCGCCAGCGGUACCGCCCUGGGUGGAGCUGUUCCUCCCGCGGAGGGCACGGCAAAUCCUCCAUUCAGCGCGUACACAGAAAAGGACCAGGGCUCCAGCGUAACAAAUCAUUACCAAACCAUAAGCGCGAUGGCGCCGUAUUCUAAGUACUCCUUUGAGGAACUUCGAGUUGCCGAUUACCAACACGGGCGAAAAUAUGGAACUACCACCGGCCAGACGGGAUUUGGAUCCGCUGCAUUUGGGGCGUUCGGACAACAGCAGCCAAGUACCGGGGGUUUUGGUGUCUCCACAACAACUACCCCUUUUGGAGCAGCCACAAGUGCUCCCACUGGAUUCGGACAGACCCAAACAACUGGUUUUGGCACCGGUACAUCCAAUGUAUUCGGUGCUUCCAAACCAGCCGCUUCUAUAUUCGGCUCCACCACCGCAUCGCAGCCUAGCAGCGGAUUUGGAACCACAGCAACAACCGGAGGUUUUGGCUCAAACAAUCUGAGUGGUAUGACCCUUUUCGGAAGUGGCAACCAACAAAAUAGACCCGCCUUCGGCAGCACAGGAGGUGCAUUUGGCGGAUUUGGACAACAAGGUACAACGACUACUACCUCUUCACCAUUUGGCGGUACAACAACCACCGCCCCGGCCUUUGGACAGCAACAAGGUCAACAGCAGGCGACCGGCACCGGCUUCGGAUUCGGACAAACUCAAGCUCAAGCUACAAGUAAACCGUUGUUCGGAGGGUUUGGAGGUACUACCACCCAACAACAACCAAACACGAAUCCGUUUGGCGGUGGAGCUACUGGCACUUCCAACCUAUUCGGUGGCCAGAAUGCGCAACAACAACAACCUCAACAAGGCACAUCCCUUUUCGGAAAUACGUCCAACCAACAAACUGGCACGACAACUCUUUUUGGAGGCGGUAAUCAACAGCAACAACAAGAACAGAAGCCAAGCGUUUUUGGUAAUUUAGGCACUGGACAGACUACCACUGGAACCACCGGUUUUACAGACUUCGGAACCCAAAACGCACAACAGCAGGCUGGCACAAGUCUAUUUGGAAACCAAGGCCAACAACAACAGAAACCAGGCUUCUUCGGAAGCUCUACACAACAGAAUGCUUUUGGACAAACCAGCACUGCUGCGGGUGGCGGCACCAGCUUGUUUAACUUGGGAGGUGCGAACCAGCCUCAGCAGCAGCAGCAACAACAACCUGCUGGAGGAUUCGGAAGCAGUUUGCUAAACCAGUCGCAACAACCUCAACAACAACAGACUACGGGCUUGCAGGCUUCACUUCUUGACGGAAAUCCAUACGGUAGUCAGUCAAUAUUUUCUGGUCUGCCACCGCCAAAUGCCCCAUCUCCAGGCCCAUUGGCUACUCCGUUGUCUGCUGCCAUCCGUCAAAAGCAACGAACGCCUUUGCCAGUUUACAAAAUUUCACCUAGCGCCGCUAAUCGUCUCAUCACCCCCCCAACCCGUCAAGGUUAUGGGUUUUCUUACUCCACCUACGGCACGCCAUCUAGCAGUUCUAGCACUCCUAGCGCUUUGAGCAGCAGCCUCCUUGGUGGAAGUUUGCGUGGCGGUAGCCUUGGACGUAGCUUCAACAAAAGCAUGUCAACUAGUAAUCUUCGCAGGACCUUUGAUGGUGAUGCAGAUAGCAUACUGUCUCCCGGUGCAUUUUCUGCUGGCACCUCGCGAUACUCGAAUUCAAAUCUCAAACGGCUUACGAUUGAUCGUAGUCUUCGAACUGACUUAUUCUCACGUUCCACCCACUCGUCUUCUCUUGCGAACGGCGAUGAUCAAGGAUCAAGCAAGCUCAAGAAGAAAGUUAGCUUUGAUUCUCAAACUACUGGUGGGGAUUCAGGGACUGAGACUGAUGGUGCUGUUGUCCGUGUUGAGACCGAGAGCCCUGAGCCAACUGCAGAAGAAUUAGGCUUUUUGCGUUCGUCUCGAAAGCAAUCAGCUGAAGUGAAUGGGACAAACGGGCUUGGCAAGGAAGUGAAUGGCGUUAACGGAGUGGCCAGUAAUGUACCUGAAAUGGAGCAGGUUCGAGGCAAUGAGCUUGCUGUUGUCCCCGAGGGCCAUGAGCAGGAUGGCGGAGCUGUGUUCCCCCCUGGUAAAAUUCUUGUCAAGGUUCCCGAAGGAGAUCCUAAGCCCGGGGAAUACUGGAUGAAGCCUACUCGUUCUGAACUCAGCAAAUUACCCCGUCAGCAGCAGAAACACUUUGUUGGCUUCACUGUCGGUCGUGUUGGUUGUGGCUCUGUCACUUUUGACGACCCUGUGGAUCUUACCACUGUUGAUCUUGACUCGCUGUUUGAUAAGUUUAUCAAAAUUGGCACCCGGUCGAUUACGGUCUACCCUGAUGAUGUUACCAAGCCACCUCGAGGCAAAGGCCUAAAUGUACCUUCCACCCUACGAAUUGAAAAUUCCUGGCCUAGAGGUAGGGAUAAGAAAGCUCCGUCUCCCAUGACGAGUGGACCAGCCUUCGACAGACACGUUGAACGGUUAAGAAGAGUUACCAAUACGGAAUUUAUCGACUACGAGAAGCUCACUGGGACUUGGGUGUUUAAAGUGCCCCACUUCACGACUUAUGGCCUUGAUUAUGAAGACGAUGAUGAUGAAGGUGAGAACUUUGAUCAAAGCACUUUGAGUGCACCUCCUCCUGACACUCCUACUCCAAAGGCCCAAACCCAAACCCCCACACAGUCGUCCUUCGCGAAUUCUGAGUUGAAUUCUACGGUCUCUUUCGAUGAGUCUUUCAUGGGUGACUCCACAGUAGGAAUGGAGGAUGACACGUUUGAGUUUAAGAAGCGGAAGCUUGUUCCGGGAGCAUUUUUGGGCCAGGGUGGGAACGAUGGAGAAAUUGAGGACCAGACGAUGGAGACGGAUGAAGAGGAACAAGAACAAGGAUCCUUUUUAAGUGACGACCAAUCCCUCGACUCCCAUCCUGAAACCCGUUCCGAAACCGAUAGUCUCGAGCAAACCGAUAGCCAAGACGUCACGGAAUCGGAAGGCGAAUCAGAAAAAGACAAGGAAAUGGAAGUGACGAUGGUUGGCUCCUUUCCUGCUCCUGAUAACUCAAUUGAGCAGACUAUUCGCAGCAGUCCCUUGAAGCCUACUGCUAUUUUCCAGCGGCCGGACCAGCAGCACGGAACUCCCUCUCAGACACACCUUAACCUGCACGGAAACUGGGCAGAACAGUUGCAGCGAACCAUUAGCCCUAGAAAGCAAAAUCGGCAGGCACUUCGUGAGAUUCAAGGAAACGUGUUUGCAGACAUAAAUAAUGAACAAAGCGAUGGUACCCCGAGUAAAUCUGCUGAACCCGCUCAGGAACCUGUUGGCUUCGCGACGAGCAUAGAUCUUAUGAAUUCGCUAUUUCCACAGGCAGAGAGUGGUGGUAGACAAGGAAAAUCGCAUGGCAAAGCUGCAAAGGCUCAGGGUUUCCAGUGGCCUUAUCGAAAACAAUCCAAAACUGUUGGCGGAAACACGAAGGAUAUGUCUGAAGACGAUAUUUUGUUUCAUAAUUCGUUCAAGCCCAAAUUUGGCUGUACGGACAACCUCAUUUGCCCGAGAAUUCCUGGCUCUAUCAAUCGAUCUGAGGCGCCGUGGAACCAGGCAGGCGCACUUUCUUCUGAAGGAAGAACCAUUGUUCUCCAUAAAUAUGACCAACCAGCUCUACCCCCAAAUACGUUAAACGAAGAGAGAACACGAACCAACAUCCGCGUUAUUGAUAACGUACCAUUUGCCCGAUUGUCUAAGGUUAAUUUUUCGGUGUUGGCCGAUACCGUCGGCGAUAACUCUCGGGCAGCCGAUUUGGAGAGACAGGUUUGGCAAUUGGCCAAUAUUCUUUUCAACGACGAUAUUGAGGACGACAUAUCGGCGGGGGUUCCCCAAAAUCUGCGCCAUAAAUAUGUCCAUCGUAUCAAAAAGGAUAGACUUAGUCGGCUCUGGCAAUCCAUUAUACGUGAUCGACAUUCCAAAGAAGUUUCCGACAUCCAGUCUCCUGAGGAGCGUGCAAUCGCUUUUCUCUCCUCCCAUCGCAUUGACGAAGCUUGCAAAGCCCUCGUGGAAAGUAGAAAUUUUCAUUUAGGGACCCUGGUGCCACAAAUUGGUCGCAAUAACACAGUGCGCAACGCUAUGCGAGAGCAAAUCGAAUCGUGGCGUAAACAUAAUGUUUAUUCUGAAAUGACUGAGCCUAUUCGAGCUCUUUACGAGUUGCUUGCUGGAAAUUGUUUGCGGAGUGAUGGAAAGCCUGGUGGCGUCCUUGAAGAUAGAGCGUCCACUUUUUAUUUAUCUGAGCGCUUCGAGCUUGACUGGAUCCAGGCAUUUGCGCUUCGACUCUGGUAUGGUAUUGACGAAGAGGACUCCAUCGAGAAGGCAGUGGAACUCUUCCACCACGAUAUUACCCAUGGAAAUGAGCCAGCUUACCCUUUUUCGGAAGAAUCCCGAGAUUGUAAUCGUGAUGACCCUCUGGAAUCUCCACUUUGGGUUAUGCUGAAAUCAUUCACAACGGCGAUGGGCCGACAGGAAAACUGCAAAAUUCCACCAAUCCCACUGCCUGAAGCAAUUUUGCCGGACGCUGUUUCUGGAAACCCCCUGCACAAUCGAUUCUCAUUUCAGUUAUUCCACCAUUUACAAACGUUGAUGGGACAUCUCGAUGCGGCAGUUAUCAAUGAAGCCCGAGCUGAUCAGCUAACAUGGGAUUAUGCCUGGGAACUCGCAGCGCUCGAGCAAUUCCCAUCAGCCAUAUUCGUCCUAGAACACCUCUUAAACUCCUCUCAGCGAGAACGUAGUAUUAAAGAGCUUCUUUCCCGCUUCGCCGCAUGGCUUCCUGCCCGCACUUUCAACGAUGGAACCCCAAAUCCCCUGUGGGGCUAUAUCGUGGAUGACCUCCAAGUACCCAGCAGCUGGAUCUGGGCGGCAAAAGCGCUGUACGCACGUGCCCAAUGCGACCCGUCGAACGAGGUGCAGUUCCUCAUCAAUGCGAAACACUGGAACGAAGCGCAUGAGACAUUCCGAAGACUCGUCGGGCCCAGGACGGUUAUCGAACGCGACUAUGUGACUCUUGAGACGUUGAUUUCUGGAUUUGGCGAGUCUCCUGAGCGCAAAGUGCGUGGCUGGGACGCUGGUGGAGCUAUCUAUGAUGACUUCCUGCAUCUGAUUACGGCCAAGGGUCCACGGCGCGAGUCGGCGCGGUUAAAGAGGUUGGUUUCUGCUUUGGCGACUUUGGGCCAGAGAAUGGAUAGUGAGAAAGAUAAGGGUAGGGAUGGCGAUAAGGAGGAUCCGUCGUCGGUUUCUGCUAGUUUGGAGGAAACGGUCGCGUUUAGGGAAAUUAGUCAUGUUGUUGCUGGGUGGUGUGCGAAGGAUACUAGAAGUACUAUCGAGCCCGCAGCUAUUCUUAAUUUGUUGCUGACGCAGGAUACUCGACUCUUGCACACGGCCGAAAUGAGCAGGCGGUACUACAAUAUUAUCAUGGCCACAGCCCAUUAAGUGGUCUCUCUAUUGCUGAUAGGAGAUGACAGCGAAUGUUGAUGAGAACGGACUAACGGGAGACAAAAGUUGACGAGGAACAACGAUAUCAGCAAACGGCUCUGGAAGCCUAAAGAGAAUAAUAAAACGCCUUAUGCCCUGGCGUACUUCCAUGAGUGAUUGCCAUUGGUAUGAAUGGAAAUAGAGUGCGCGAGUGUUUGGGUCUUGUUGGUGAGCAAGGAUAUUUUGAUGGACUGAUGGAUAUUUCUAUUUUGUUUUUCCUUUCUCUUGUGUAUUAUUCUACGGAAGAGUGUAUGCUUGUUGGUGAUGUUUUACAUGGUUUUUUUGAUUGUAUUAGCUAAAUAGUUCUAUAAUUAGUUUUGUUUAAAGACCUUUAGAAAUGAUUGGUUUAUUAUAAAAGGAACGAAAAAUAAAAAGU